CCCUCCUCUCCGCCAACGAGAAGCUAUGCGUGCGCGGUGUGCGUGACCAUCACGUCUGCAUAGUGAUUGUACACUGUGGUUCCAGACCGACUAGCCCAUUGGCUGCCUCCAUUUUCUCAUGCGCGCUCUGUUCACUUGGGAUGUCGAAUUUAGCGCAUAUCUGCAUGGCGACCGCAUGGUUUUGUCAUAAGAUGUCUACACCUAUCUUUGAAAUCUCCCUUCUUUCUACCGGACCAAACGGAACGCGACAAUCAUCAAGGGGACGCCUACAUCAUCUGAUUCUUGCGUUCAAAUGCCACGCCUUGGCAUUCCUGGUUGUUGGCCAUGUAGAGUCUCGAAGCAAGGAUGCUCAAUGAAUCUGGAUGGGAAAGGGCCGUGUGACCGAUGUAGUGAGAGACUCUGGAGCUGUAAAGGAUACGGAGAGGAGCGACGAAGGUGGCAUAGGGAUAAAGAAUUCAUCUCUUAUAUCAAGGCGACGCUGAUGAAGCCCGCGAUGAUAGUCACUAGGCGAGCCAGCAUUACUAAUCCCGCACGAGGCUCACCCCGUAACCGUCAACGUGCAUCUGCACAAUCGACAUGCGGUGAUGUGCACCAGCUACAUCCACCUCUUUAUACCCAUCAAUACAAUUCUUCUCUACACAGUAGCCUUCUCCUUAAUCACCCUGGUCACUUGGGUUAUGGCACACGUCCGGCCUCUACGCAAGCAUCUAUCCACACUUGGUCAGACAGCUCACCUCCGGCCAGUUUUCCUUCUCUUGUUCCUGGUGUCGCAGGUCCAAGCUCUCGCUUUGUGCGCUCAAAUCCCGACUCUUUUCGAGGCAACGCUUGUCCUCGCGAAGGGAAUCACAGCACUGAACACCAGCGGUCGGUAACACGUGUUCAUGAACCCUCCACUCCUGCUUCUAUGCCACGUCCACCGGUUUCUGGUCAUCCGCGUGCGCUUCCCAAACAAUCGCAGCGCAAUUUCCUUCCGCUACGUGACCCUAGCCAACCAGGAUAUGCGACCUUCAAACAAGUCCCGGACGCGCUUCGCUCAGGGUCGGAUAGUGGUUCAGAACCCAGCCGUAACGUUGUAGCUUCAAAUCCCUUUCACGAAGGGCGCCAGGGUGUGCAACAGCCUAUAAACAAACCCUCCGCCCCUGUUGCCGCACCACACCCUCCUUUUCACACUCAUCCGCGUGCGUCAGUCCGACGGUCAAUAGGCAACCUCCUUCCGCUGCAAUACUCCAGCCAAUCGAGGUAUGACUUGUCACCCAUCCCCGCGCAAACCCCUUUUGUGUCCUAUGAGGGGUCAGUCGGGCCCCCGGGCCCUCCAGCUGCCCCAUCAGAUGGGUUCUCAGAAGUCAGUUCGAACUCAACUCUCUCAAAUUUCAAUGCUGUCCCAAGCAACCCUUACCUCCAAAAGGGGAGCCAACAACCACAAGCAAUGCCUGUCAAUUUUACGCCUGUAGCACUGCCCCGGUUAGACUACCACUCGCAUCUAAGCUUGGCGCCGGCGUCCGUCCCGUCUCAUGGACACUUGGUCAGACCACCCCCCGUCGUUUCUCAGUGUAGUAUCUCACGGCAAAGUUCUGGCCUUAUUCAUUCGCAACCCCACGUUUUCCUCAUACCGAAUGACUACCAUCUUCACGAAGGGCAGGCAAUACUUCCCGGUGUUCCCUCCACUUCUAAUUCUGCCCUACAACCAUCUUUUCAUGAUUACCAGCGUGCUUUUUCUCAGGAUGCGCUUCGGGGUGACCAUCCACCAGAGCGCUCUGUUCAAUUAGAGAACGAAUCACAAUCAACCAUGGCACAAGCGUCUGUCCCUAUCCCUUCCAAUUUCGACGCAUUCCUGAUCUCAGGCGAUCCUCCUCGCGAAGGCUGUGACAGUGACAACCCACCAUGGGCAAGGCUCAUGAACCAUCCUUCGUCUUACUCCACAGAAGCGGGCCCUCAUGGGACUCCAGGGAGCGUCCACUUUGGCGGUGCCUAAGACUCCGCGUACUUUACAGUUCUUACUCGCUAGCCGGCAGUCACUUUCGGUUACACCUGGCCUGCAAUACCUCAGCAUCGUUCGUCCUCCGUAAUGACCGCAACGACAAUGAUCAGAGCGGCAAUCUCUUCGUCGAGAAGUGUAGACCGACAAUGAUUCUACGCUACUUUGAAGACGAACCAACCUUGGGCCACACCAGUGCUAUUCUCUGCGCUGAAGCAGGAUUUGCAUGCCAUGAAUGACCACGUAUUAGGAACCCGUAUUAGGGGACUGUGAUGGUAGCUUGAU